AUGGGACUCCUUGGAGGUGUCGAAAUGGGCCUCUCCUAUAUCGCACACUCUGUCUUCCGCUUCAUCCAACUGGUCCUCGCCCUCACGGUCUGUGGUCUCUACGGUGUUGAUCUGCAUGCGGCCAAUAAGGAGCAUAAAUACAGCGACGGGAAAUGGGUCUACGCAGAAGUGACCGCCUCCCUCUCAGCCGUCACGGCGCUCCUCUACCUCAUCCCCUUCGUCUCGCGCAUCGGGCUCCUCUUCAUCUGGGACACGAUCCUGUUUAUCCUCUGGAUUGCCUUGUUUGGCGUGUUUGGCAAUAUGUAUAUCCAUGAGCGUGCUGAGGGGGAUGGGGGCGUGCAGCGCAUGAAGAACGCGGUGUGGGUUGAUUUGGUUAAUGCGCUGUUGUGGCUGUUUAGCGCGGUGGGCAUGGCGGUGUUUUGGGCAAGGAGUAGGGGCGGGAGGAGUAGGUGGACGGGGAGGGCUGCUGUUUAG